CUCUUCAAUUCGGUUCUGCAAGGAGGUCCGAUGGUUCCUUGCUUCUUACUAGCGCCUCUUCACACAGGUGAUUGCAGGGUACCUAGACCUAACUUGAAUUCGCUUGCUUGCUUCUCGCCUUCUGUGGUACACAUGCACCGAGUUAAUAACGCCCUGCAGCAAUACUUAAGAUGUCAGACAGACGUCUUUAUCGCCAUUCCACGCUUCUACUUUCGAAAUGGACUUAGCAAACUUUGUCAAAAUCUGCUCGAGUCCUACUAAUCUGCUCCUUGCAACUAUCUUCGGCCAGACCGUGAUCAUGGGUUUGGCAUGGGGCUUCAUCGGAGGAAUCUUGUACACAAGGGUUCUUGCACUACCUGAUCAUAUCGUUCGUCUGAUCGUAGAGUAUCCGACCGUGCUGACCUUGAUAGUUACGCUGAUCUCAACUACCUUGUCGAACAUUACUUCUUUCUUCUUCACAUUUGCCAUCAAAGAAGCGCUUCGGCACUACCUCUCAGGACGGUCGAUACCACUGUUGAAGCUUCGCAUGGCAAUAGCGCUGAGCAUCCCGACCUGGGUAUUGCCGCGAUCACGUAGAUAUCUCGAGCUGGCGGCCCUCACGUUGGCGUUUUAUGCGAUGGCCACAUUUCUGAGUGCGAGGUCUGCAUUAUUCUCAAUGAACCCAAUGGAGAUAUGUUUGACGCUGGUUUGUACAGUUGGAGCACUUUGCUCCUACCAACCCCUGUACAAUGGCCUGUGGCAAUGUCCGGAACGGAACUAGACUUGGGAUCUGUUGCAUUUGCAAACCAGUUGAGUACGGACCUCAAUGCCCAGGAAGCAAACACUUUACAAGCACCUGCGUUUCAAACCAUCGAUGUCUUGACUCUCCUCAGUGGUAUUGCUGCGGUUGACAAUCAAGGCGGCGUGCAAACAAGUAGUAUGUUCAGCUUCAACGGAGUUUCAUACAAUCAGUCGACUGGUGAGUACUUCGGUACCUAAAGAUGAUGGACUCACUUGAAAUUCCAAAGGUGGAGUUCUUCCUGCAAUAGAGGAGUACUCUGGAUCAUCGAAACCCGCCGGGCUCUGCCGUCGGCCUGGAGUUCUCU